UACUUCUAGGGUCAAAUAGGACAGAGAACUGUAAUUGGUUGGUGGAUUCUCUAUUUAGUGAGUUUAAGUGUGCGUGACCUUUUGUCCUGUCACUUUUCAUGCCAGACAGCUGUACAUUUCAAAUGUAAAAACAAUUAUGACUGUAAACAGUGAAUUACUAACUUUUUAUUUAAGUCCUAUAAUAUUUCCAACUAUGUUUUGAGAUAACGUUGGCCAAUCCUUUUCUCCCAUCGAGUGGUUGAAUGUUUUUAUACUACAGUAUACUGUAUACUGUACAUAAUACACAGUGUUUCGCUCUGAGACUGUGUCCUGUAAAUUGUGUAAGUGUAUCUUAAAUUAUGUGCAACCAAUAUGUUCUCUAACAACCUUUCUGUGCUUUAGACUCUAGUCAUGCAUUUUUGUGCCAAUGUGCCAUUAUUGUGAGUAAAAAUUAAAACAUUUUUCAAAUAUGCCAUGUCGAUGCUAUUUGGUUGCAAACCAUGAGAGCCUCAUUUAUCAUUCUGUGUAUUUAUGUUAUUUAUGUUUAUUUUAAUAUUGUAAUAUUACUGUAUUCUUGUGUUUGUAUUAUUUAUAUGUUGUGGUAGAGUAUAAUAAUAUGUUGUUAUGUACUGUUUUAUUUUGUAUGUAAUUGCGUAAUCAUGAUUGGAUCCCAGGAAGAGUAUUUAAUAUGGACCUGGAAUAAAUACAAAUAGAAACGUUAUGUAAUAUAACACGAAAUUCAGAUUGCGCAAUAUUGUAAUUUGUUCAACUCCAAUGUUUCGUUACAGGAAAUUAGUAACCUUCCUACAGUGGUUCCUCCUUUACAAAUUGCGAGUUUACACCGCUGGAUAUAGAGCUAUAAAAAACACACAUUCGUUUUCAGUCUCUAUCAGCAUGGGCAACGUGUACAUUGAACAGCCAAAACAUGACUCCCACCCUAUAUUCAAGAGCAUGCUGAUUUGAGCCCAACCCUGCUGUGAAUCUCUUCCGGGAGGAAAUCACAAGUGUAUCCCAGUCCAACCCCACAGAUUGUGACGUCAGCCUGGCUCAGACUGCGAUGGAGGAUUCUGGCCAACAGGGGGUGACCUUGCCACACACCGAGGGAGAACGAAGCGCCGUUACUCAGAGGAGCAAGUCAGUAGGAGGAGUCAGAGAGAAGCUCCAAUCAGAGCUGAGAGGGAGAUACACGUCAUUGUGUGAUGGAACCCCAGCAGGACAAGAGGUGCGGAGCCACUCCCUCACACACUCCUAUGUGGAACUCCUCAUCACCGAGGGCAACGUCCAAUGGCACAACGACAGGCAUGCUGCCACGCGACCCGUAAGACCACCAUCAGAUAUGCCCACUGCUAAUGAGGAAGUAACGAUCAAGCUUGACGAUAUCUUCAAACCACCACUAUCUCCAGAUCGCCCUCAAGUAAAAACCGUCCUGACGAAGGGACCCGCAGGCUCAGGGAAGACAGCGAGUGUCCAGAAGUUUGUUUUGAACUGGGCCGAGGACAGAGCCAAUCAGGAUGUUGACUUCUUGUUUGUCUUUCCCUUCAGUGAACUCAAUUGGCUGAUAGGACGGAGCUUCAGUCUGAGUGGCCUCAUCAGCCACUUCUACUCGUCCAUGACAUCGGAGAGCGAGAACCCCGGGCUGGAUCUGAGUCGGUCUAAGGUGGUCUUCAUCUUGGACGGUUUGGACCAAUUUAACCUUCCCCUGGACUUUGAAAGCAUAUCAGUAGAGUCUGACAUCAAUAAGGAGAUGCCUUUGCCCAUCCUCCUAGCGAACCUCAUCUGGUGUCAGCUGCUUCUUCCCUCCGCCUACGUCUGGGUGAUCACCAGGCCUGCGGCUGCCAGUUUCAUCCCCAUCGACUUCCUCCCCCAACAACAGUGCUUGACGGAGAUACGGGGCUUCGACGACACCCAGAAGAGGGAGUUCUUUAGAAAGAGGUUUGGCGAUCAGAGUCUAGUGCACAAAGCUAUCGCCCUAGUCAUGAAAGCUAUUGCCCUAGAGUCAUCACGGAACCUCUGCGUCCUGUGCCAAGCACCGUGGUGCUGUGAGAUGUUGGCGGCCAUUUUAGAAAACACUGAGGCGGGAGAGUGUGUCGAGAUAGACACUCUGACGCAACUAUACACUCACUUUUUGCUUGUUCGGAUUGGUUUGAAGAACGAUCGAAAUGGUGAACACUCAGAAUCAAUCAGAGAGGUUGUUCGUAAGCUUGGGAAGCUGGCUUUUCUACAACAGGAAAGAGGAAGCCUCAUAUUCAGUGAGAGCGAUGUGAAGGAAUGCGGAAUCGACGUCUCUAAAAGUUCCACAUUCCACAGGUUGUGUAGGCCGCUCUUCACAGGGUGUGAGAUGUACCUGGAGGAAAUGUACCACUUUGAGUACACAGGUAUUCAAGACUACCUAGCUGCCCUGCACGUGUUUCUCACCUAUACAAAUAAAAGGAGAAACCUACUACUCCAACCUACUACACUCUUUGAUCGAUUGAAAGGGACGUUCAGGAGAGCAACCUUUUAGACCUCCACAGAUGCUCCGUGGACAGGGUUUUACAGAACACGCAUGGAACUUAUGACCUCUUCCUCUGCUUCCUCCUUGGCAUCUCAACAACACCCAACCAGACUAUCUUAGAUCUAGCAUGUCUAAGGAAAGGUUUAAAGGUCACAGGCUCCAAGGGGAUCACAGAGAUCACUGCAGAAUACAUUAAGCAGGCGAUCAAGUCUGAGCCUUACCCUCAGACCACCGUGGCACUUUUCCGCAGUCUGCGGGAGCUAGGGGACGCCUCGCUGGGCAGGGAGGUCCGACGCUACCUGACCUCCGAGUCCCGGUGGGGGUUCCUGCUGGAGCCCGACCAAUGCUGGGAGCUGGCAGACAUGCUUUGGGCAGGCAGGGAGAUGGAGAAGGAAGUGUUUAUGGAGAUGGAACGUUUGAGUUGGAUGCGCCGAAUGAGCAUGUGGGGCUUUUGGAGGAUGCAGACCGUACUGGGGGACAGACACUGGCAGGUCUACUAGAAAGACAUCAUUGCUGUAUGAAUGGUCUACUAGGGAGACAUCACCACAGAUUGUACUGCCACAUCUACUAAAUUGCCACUGCAGAGACUGUUGAGGAAUUUCAAGUUUAGAGAGAUGUAUAGGUACAUUAGGAAGGUAGGUUUGAGAGGUGUUUUUUUGUAGAGAAAAAAAGUGAUGAUUGCAAUCCAUGUUUAUGGAUCUGAGUAGUGGGUAGUAGUGUCCACUGAAAAAUCUUAAAAUCAAUCAAUUAAUCGAUUCUUCAAACAAACAAACUUUAUUUGCUUAGAGCCUUGUACAAUCUGACUUGCCGUUCACAUGGCAGAAGUCAUAGCGCAGUUGAGGUUGGUCAUAGUGCCAAUAGACUCCAGGUAGAAAUGCCAUGUCAGAGCCCCUCUCCAUUUGUUAGGUA